AUGAAGCCGACUCCUACUCCCGCUCCAGACGUCGCUAGAGGCUUCGAGGAAUCCAUCUACGAGUUCAGCGGUCACAUCCAGUGGCAGUCAUACAUAUAUCUCGCCUUUGCCGUUAUCGACACGUUUCUCACUUGUGCUGGCAUGCUAUGGCUGUUCAUGCUGCGCAACAAUCCCGCCAUCCGCAUCCGUAGGCACUGGGCUUUGCAACUGGCCAUUUCUUGCCUCACGGCGUACCUCAUCUUGGUCUACUUGCAGUUUCCAUUGCGCUGGUGGUACAGUUGCGAGGCUGAGUACUUUGUCAUGGGUUUCUUGCUUCAGUUCGGAAUCGGAAUGAUGAUCUCUUUUAUUGAUCCUUCUCUUCGUCGCAAGAAGUCUACAGCGUCAAAGACUCCACUUCUCAAGCGACCCUGGCAGUGGAUCAAGGAGCGCGACUACGAAUCAACGACUCUUGUGGUACUGAUUAUAGCUUUGAUAGUCACAACUAUCGUCGUUAUAACCGUCUACGUCGGGUCAAGGAACUUCCAUGAAGGGUCCGGCUGGUUUGGAGAAUGGUCUGGUGUCCAUAACUGUUACCGCGGUGGGCAUGGCGAAUGGGCCAUCACCGCCUUGAUGCUCAUGUUCUGGAUUUACCUCUACGGCCCGUUUACUCUUUAUAAUAUCUGGAACAUCAAAGACAGCCACAAAUGGGCAAUUCAGACCAAAAUCUCCAUCAUGUCCAACUUUUUUGGUAUUCCAAUCUGGCUGGUUUUCCUCUACUCGAACAACCCCGGUAUCCUGGCGGUCAAUCGUUACUGGUCGCAUGCGUUAUGGCUUGCCCUCGGCCUGAUUGUUACGAAGUACUGCUUCAUUUGCUUUCCCAUCUACGACGCAUGCAGAGGAAUGCCUUACUUUUCCAGCCAGACCGAACGUAAUCCCUCGACCGCCAGUUGGACGACCAACUCUUCAAAGGAGAAGGUACGCCAGGCGUAUAGCAUCGGUGCACUAGAUGAGUGCCUGGAAAAGAACAUUGAGCAGCUACUUGAAUGGUCUGCGCGCCGGGACUUCUCUGCUGAAAACAUUGCUUUCCUUCGCGCGGUUCGCGACAUGAAGAGCAAAUCGAGGACUCGUGCCGUCGACCGCGGCGGCGUCAUCACUCAUCUGAUCUUCCGCGAACGCUAUGAAGAGGCGGCUAUCAUCUUCUUCAAGUUCAUCGAUCCACGCACGGCCGAUAUCCCGCUCAACAUCAGCAAGCGCACGGUUGAUGGCCUUCGCCAAUGGUUCAAGUAUGUCUCGUACGACUCCCUUGAUGAUGACUCCUCAAGCAAGAACGACGUUGCGCCAUUCAUUGAUUUCAAUGGCGAUUUCCCGAGUGCCAGUCCCAAUGGAGAGGACAUCGUCAUCGACCGCCUUUACCCAAUGCCUCUGACGGAAAUUGUACCCACCGGUGCCAUUGAUGACGAGGGUAACACUGCCGACACGGUGCCUGAAGGAUUUAACCUGGACAUCUUCGAUGAUGUCUACGCCCAAAUCAGGCACCUGGUCUAUACCAACUCUUGGCGCAGGUUCGUCGUCUCUUGCGAGGGUGAUGUUGAAAGCUUCACGUCUUCCUUGCAAACUGCGGCCACCAAGCAGACUGGGGACUCCAUGGGCAAAGAGCUGUACAAGAUGCCUAGCUCUCCAACCCCAGUGUAUCGACAGGACUCCCCAACCAGCCCACGGUCUCCCAAGCAGCCGGAGACACCAAACAACCACGAGUUUCCGCGCCAGCAGGAAUCACCAUAA